GCAGUCGGUAUCUUGCAGGCAUGGCCCGGGCGCUGACCGCGGAAGACAUUACGCUAGCCACGGGCGAGACUGACCACGCGCGCCUCGUCACGAUCGAGAUCAUCUUUGGCGUCUUUGAAGCAAUCGGCGGCUUGGACGGCUGCGUCAACCUUUGCAGCCUCACGCUGCUCAACUGCCGCUUGCAGCGCAUCUCGCAGUUGGCGCCCGUGUCGCUGACGCUGACGCGGCUCUGCCUCUCGGACCAAGAGCUCACGCGCAUCGAGGGGCUCGCACUGCCCAACUUGCGCCAGCUGCUCCUCGAUCGCAACCGCAUUCGUGUCAUCGAAAACCUCGAUGGGUGCCCGAAGCUGCAAAAGCUAUGGCUGAGCCACAACUGCCUCACAACGAUUGCCAACCUCAGCGCGUGCGCCGACCUGCGCGAGCUGUGGCUGCAGAACAACCAAAUCCAAAAGCUCGGUGACGGCCUUACGAAACUCACGCAUCUCCACAGUCUGGCACUCGGUGGCAAUGGCCUUUCUGACUUUGCCGACCUCGCGACGCUGUCGCACUUGCCCAACCUCUGCAGCCUCUCGCUCGACGACGCACAUUACGGCGCCAACCCCAUCACGCGCGCGAAGGGCUACCGAACGUACAUUCUAAACCAACUGCCACAGGUGCGCGUUCUCGACGGACUCGAAGUCGCGGCCAAAGACCAGCACGCCGCCGAGGACGCCUACUUUAAGCGAGUGCUUGCGUUCAACGACCGCAUCGAUGCGAUUCAGCAAGACCACGAGCGCGCGCUGUCGACGAUCGACUCGCGCCGCCACCGCAACCAGUCGCAUGCGGACGUGUUGCAGCACGAGCUCCUCGCGGCCUUCACGACCCUCGAAAAAAGCGUUCAGAAAGGACGGGCCGCCAUAGCCGCCGAAGAGACGCGCCAGGCGCUGCUCCGCGAGAAGCAUGCGACCGCGCUCCAGCAUACGUUGGAGGCGCUUCACGCCGAGUACACUGCCCACGUAGAUAUGGUGCUGCGUCGUGAGACUGAGGCUGCUGCCCACACAGACGCCAUGUUUGAGAUUCUCGACGCGCGGAUCGCGGCCGAAGAAGAGCACGCAAUAGCUGUCGCGGCGGCGCAGGCGGCGUAUCCCCACUACGCCUUUCAUCGCGUGCCCGUGGCCAGUCCCGAGUGUCGGUGCCUCGCUGCGCUCUUUGCUGCGCCGCCGCAGACAACCCCCGAGGCGGACGACGUCAAAGUGCUGCAGGUCUAUCGAUGCCAAGGACCUGGAUGUGCGCCGGCACCGGCACCAAGCGACCUCCUCUUUGGUGUUGUUCACGAGUUGGUGGCGCCGACGACGACGCCGCUCGUGCUAUGCGCGACGCCGUGGCUCGCGAUGGCAUGCCACGACCGCAUGUCGCCGCGUAGCGCCCGUCGCCACCGCCAUGUGCUACUUGCCAAGGCCCCAACGACGAUUGCAACUGUCAUCGAAUGGCGAGACGUGGCGUCGAUCGACGACCUCCCUACCGCGAUCGCGUCCCUGGACCUGCCACGAGACUCCAAUGCAUGGGUGCAGGUACACUAUCAAAUCGGCAACCAGCAAGGACGAGCAUACUGUCUGGCACCUGGUGGGAAUGCGCUGGUUGAGGCGGCGCCCGAGUACUAUUGCACGACGUUUGCGACGCCAGCGGCCAUGAGCGAAGCCGACCUCGAGGCUUUGAUGGCAUCGACGUUGCCCGAGCCGGCGCUGGAGACUGCGGACAUGAUGGACGGCGACUUGACGCUCCUCGAUGGCUACGACGGGCGGCUGCAAAGCGCACUGGCCGCGUACACCGAGGCGCUCUGGGCAGACGUGGGACCGCGCGCCAAGGCCAAGGAGCCGGACGACCGCAAGCGCGUGGCCAAGCUGCAGGCGUCCAUUCAGCACGAACAAGAGACGCAGAAGGCUACCUUGCGCCAGCAACUCCACAAGAGCACGAAACGCUGACGCGAUUGUAAUAAUAAUAAUAUUAUUAGGAGUCAAC